CUGGCUCUCAGUGACAGCUCAGACAAUAUGCUUGUGAGACACACAGGAGUAAAUCCCCAAGAGUCUUCGCACACACUCAUGGUUGAGAUGGUUCACUGAAAACUGACCCUCUGAGGACGGACUUAUUCUCUGUGUGGACCCUGAACACAACUGCUUCACAAACAUGAACAAACUUGCAAAGGCUCUGUAUGACAACACUGCAGAGUGUCCAGAUGAGUUGGCCUUCAGAAAAGGCGACAUCGUCACGGUAAUGGAUCAAAACGUGGCCGGCACAAGUGGAUGGUGGAUGUGCUCUCUUUAUGGACGUCAUGGCCUGGCCCCUGCAAACAGACUGCAGCUUUUACCACAAACUAGAACCAUAAGCCAUGUCACAGAAAAACCCAAAUUAAUUGAUGCUACAACUGGUGACAGUGUGCAAAAUAUCUACCAGAUCCCGAGUGUACCCCGGCCCUGCAGCAGCCCUGCUUAUGAACGCAUGGACAUGAUCUACAAGGUCCCAUCCACUCCUGUAUCAGCUUCAAAGAGUCCAGUCUCUUCAGCACUUAAGCACAGCACAGAAGGACCUGAGCCUUCAUUCUUGAGCAUGGGGUCCAGUCCAAAAGGGGAGGUUUACGAUGUUCCGAGCCAAGGAAGACGUGCUUCUCUUUUCAAUGCAUCAACAACUCCAAGACAUAUGCCACGAACACACUCACUGCUUCCAAUUUCGGAACUGGAGAAAAGAUUGGACUCUCUGGAGAGUUCAAGGUGUAGCAGUCCAGGAGACACUUACGUAUAUGCAGUUCCACCACCUUUGCCUCAGGACCCAAACUAUGACAUCCCUGUUCCCUCAACCACAGACGCCCAACAGAAAAUGAUCGCUGGAUACAGUACCCUUCCCAACCCCCGCAAGCCUGAGUGGAUUUAUGAUGUGCCAGUGGGUCCUGAGAAACAAAGUCCACCCCAAGGCUCCUAUGACAUAUUGCCCUCCAAAACUGUUUGUAGGGACCUCUAUGACACUCUUCCAGUACAUGCUCGGACCAUUCAAAGAGGAAGUCCAGCUCCCUUGCUUUAUGAUAUACCAAAACCCAGUUCACCACCCAAAGUGCUGCCAAGGGCCCCAAUUUAUGACAAGCCCCCAACUCAGAGGCACACAGAGGAGUCAGUUUAUGUGGUUCCACCCCAGGAGGACCCCCUCACCCGAGUUCUCAGUGAUUCCACCAGUGAUCAUAUACCCCUAGAGUGCAGGCGCGACUCAAACAAUGCUCAUGAACUCAAAAGGGUGCGUCUGCAGAGAAUGAGAAACUUCCUGGCUUGUACGUCUUUUCGUGAUCUUCCAGGAAGUGGGGAGUCACUGGCGCAGGAGGAUGACGAGCGACGUAGAACCAUACGCCUCUCUGCAGCAGACAGUCAAAGAAUCAGCACUGCCUCCAGCUCCUCCACCAGCUCCUGUGACUCUCUGGCUCUGAGCUCCUCCUCUCCUGAGCCCCUGCGAGAAGUGACUGUCAGCCAGGACGAGGCCUGCCGCAGACUUCUGGACCUACAGGAGUCCGUUUGCAAGGCUGUUCCCCGUCUCAUGGACUUUGUCAGCAGUCACUGGAGGAGUAAAGGACAUCUUGAGAAACACCUGAAGGAGAUCAAAGAGGCAGCAGAUGGGAUUGCAUGUUCUUUGACAUCCUUCCUAAACUUUGCCCUGGACGUUAAGGGCAAUGCCCACCGUUUGACCGAUGCCAACCUUCAGACGAGGCUCUGUAAACAGCUGUCCAUCGUAGAAGACUCAGGCGUCAUCCUACAACAAACAGUAAGUGCUCUCAACAUCGCUGGCUGGCCCCUUAACACACUCUGUCAAGAUCUGGGGCAAGUCCAGACACCUGACCAACUGGAGCGCUUUGUUAUGGUGGCACGCACUGUCCCAGAGGACGUCAAGCGCCUGGUGUCCAUCAUCAAUGCCAAUGGCAAGCUUCUGUUCAGAGCCCCUCAGAAAGACCCAGAACCUCUUGUCACCACAGGUCAGCCAGACACAAAGAAAAGUCCUGAUGGAGGCGAAGAAGGAGGGGACAUAGUAGAGGAUGACAAUGACUAUGUAGAGCUACAGACUAAGACUGAUUUUGAAAAGCAGAAAAAAGUGCAAAAUGAGCCAAAAGAAAAUGUCACACCAGUCUCUAACAAGGUGCAGGCUGAUAACAAGUGCCACUCCUCUGAGUCCAGCACCGGCACAGAAGAACAUCCACCAUCCUCCCUGUCAGAGCACUGCAGGCUUUACUUUGGCGCUCUUCAGAAGGCCAUCGGGGGAUUUGUGGACAGCCUUCGAGAUGGCCAGCCACCAGAAAAUUUCAUCCGGCAAAGUAAGCUGGUGAUCAUGGUGGGCCAGAGACUGGUGGACACCUUGUGCAGGGAGGCCCAACAUGGAGAGUCCAGCCGGAGCCUUCUGUGUAAGAGCAACCACCUGUGUGCUCUCCUGAAGCAACUGGCCGUGGCCACCAAGAAGGCGGCGCUGCACUUCCCAGAUACGCAAGCUCUGCAUGAGGCUCAAGAGUUUGCUAAGGAACUGGCCCAAAGAGCACAGCACUUUCGGAAAUCACUUGAUGUGUGAGAGCGCGCACAUCAAGCAUAUUGAUUUGUUUCUACAGCAAAAGACAUUGGUUCAUUUAUUGGCCAUUGAUCAGUUUCCUUUUUCAUUCAUUUCAUAUUUUCAUAAUUACGUUCAAGCUUCACUAGCCAAAAAGAUUAUUGCUUUUUGCUGAAUGUUGUUUAUAAAAUGAAUGCAGGUACUGGUUAAAAUGUCAGUGAUGAUAGAAAAUGCCACUGGGAAUUCAAAUAUGGAGCUGUAUUUGUACUAAAAUAAAAGACUUCAACAGAGUGGACUUCCAAAAUAAAUUGCACAUUAGUAUACUGUACUGAAGCCAAUUUUAAAAAGCAAUUUUAAAUAUAAAGUAUAAAAUAUAAUUUGUUUUAUAUAAUUUACAAUUUUAUAUUCUCUGAAUAGUGUUUGUUAUGUAGAUGUUUUGUUCAUUUUAUUACUUUAUUACUAAGAUGUAUACUCUCCAGGGUAGUAGUUUGAUACUUUUUGUGAAUAUCUAUGUAAAUAUUCCCCAAAAUAUUGUUAUGCAUUCCCAAACUUUUCUUGACAGAAGACACAUGUUGGAUUUUUAUUGAUAUUAAAAUUAUAAACUGAAAA